AGAGGAGAAAGGUGAAGUAUUUAGCGGGAGAUGUUUUCGCUGUUUAAAAUCUGUUAAUUCGCUGCUUUUAUUAUUCUGAGCGAAAAACAAACCUGUUUAAAACGCGUCUCAACGUUUCUUUGCAAACGUGGACAUAAGGUGUCCGUCAUGUUCUCGGACGUCACCGAGCCCACGAGCACGUUGCUGGCGCCACCGGGCUCGGAGAAACCGGUGUUUGAGCGCGAGCAGCCCUCGUGCUCGACCUGCUCGGACGGGUUCCGCCUCGGCGAGCGCAGCUUCAGUCGCCAGUACGCGCACAUCUACGCCACGCGGCUAAUGCAGAUGCGCGCGGUCCUGCGCGAGAGAGCGGUGCAGAAGUGGGGGGCGGAGGUGCCGGGCCGGAAGCUGUGUGACCUGCAGAUGGGCGAGCACUGCGUGGUCGUGGGAACCUUGUUCAAACACAUGGAGCUGCAGCCCUCAAUCCUGAAGGAGAUCAGCGAGGAGCACAACCUGCUGCCCCACCCACCUCGAACCAGAUACAUCAGCCAGUCAGAUGAGCUUAUUCUGGAGGAUGAGCUGCAGAGGAUCAAAUUGGAGGGCAAAAUCGAAACGGCGAAGUUUGUUACUGGGAGUGUGAUUGCUAUCCUGGGAGCAGAGAAAAAUGACGGUAAAUUCACAGUGGAGGACUACUGCCUGGCAGAUCUGCCUCCACAGACACCCAGACAGCCUCUCAGCACAGACCGGUUCGUGCUCCUAGCCUCUGGUCUGGGAUUGGGUGGGAGCGGAGCAGACAGCAUGCUGGGAUUGCAGCUGCUGGUUGACAUGGUAACGGGUCACCUCGGCGACGUGGGAGAGCAGAGUGGGGCGGCGUCCAUCUCCCGCGUUCUGUUGGCGGGGAACCUCCUGAGCCACAGCACGCAAGACAAAGACUCCACCAUGAAGGCCAAGUACCUGACGAAGAAGACGCAGGCUGGCAGCGUGGAGGCUAUCAGGCUACUGGAUGAGCUGCUCGCUCAACUGGUGGCCUCCGUAGCGGUGGACGUGAUGCCGGGGGAGUACGACCCCACCAACUACACCCUGCCCCAGCAGCCCUUGCACCGGUGCAUGUUCCCCCUGGCGGUGCCCUACCCCACCCUGCAGCUGGUCAGCAACCCCUACCACGCCAUCGUGGACGGCGUCCGCUUUCUGGGAACAUCAGGGCAGAAUGUGAAUGACAUUGUCAAGUACAGUAGCGUGGACGACCACCUGGAGAUCCUGGAGAACACACUCAGACUCCGUCACCUGGCCCCUACUGCCCCGGACACUCUGGGUUGUUACCCAUUCUACCAGAAGGACCCCUUCAUUCUGACAGAGUGCCCCCAUGUGUACUUCAGUGGAAAUGCACCCAGAUACCAGGCCAAACGCCUCACAGGACCUGAAGGUCAGGAUGUACUGCUGGUGGCCGUCCCAGAAUUCAGCAGUACACAGACGGCAUGCGUGGUCAACCUGCGCACGCUCGAAUGUGAGCCAAUCAGCUUCUCUUCCUUCUCAGCCGAGGAUGAUGAGGACAGCGAGGUGAACAUCAGCCACUAAGCUCAGCUCUCAAGAUCGCAACCUCUCACCCUGUUUACCAAGUUGAAACUGCACUGUACAAUAAACACGCAUGAAAUGUUUAGGUUCCUCUUGUAGAAAAGCUGUUCUAUGCCUGAGAGGGCGGGGACAAACAUUUCCAUCCAUAACUCCUGACAUGUUCACCAGAUGUCUCCAGCUAAACUGACCUCUAGUCCCUCAGCCCGCAGUGUGUGUGUGUGUGGGGUGGGGAAUGAGAGCUUGGCUUCAGCAAGUAAAGGUCCUUCCCAAAAUUUUGAUUUGGGUGCCUGCUAAUUAGCUCAAGGCUACAGCUAGAAUUAAUUGGUCAAAUCAAAUGGAUGAUACAGAAUCGUGGCAGGACUUUUAUUUUGCAAAAUUGUAGACCUCUAAUUCUGGGAAAUUAUAUACCUCUCUGCUGAGCCUAUUCUCAGAUUGCUGUUAUUUUUUUUUUCCUCAAUUGACUGGAUACCUGUAUUCCACCAAAGCUUUUAUUUCACAAACACAGGUAGAUAAGACAAAUUGGACUUCAAAAGUGACUGUUUUGCAUGCUGGAUUAUCUGUGAAUGGUUAAAAUAUAGCAAACACAGAAAAUAUAUAAACAAGCCUUUUUUUUAGUUGGAAAACAGUAUUUUGCCCUUUUAUUUUUCAACCUUGUGAACUCUCCCGUGGAGGUUGUGCAAUCUUAUACAAGUGAAAUAUGUAAAUAAAGUCACUUUUGUAUAAACACA